AUGCACGCCUCCAAGAUCCUUCUCAUCCUCGGCCUCGCUAUGAUGGCUUCGGCUGCUCCUGCUCCCGUUGUCAACGGCGGUGUCAAGGCCGGUGGUGAUCACGUCACUGCUGGUGCCGAUAUCGAUCCUGCCAACGUCAAGUUCUACUGGCGUCGUGAUGGAGGUGACGAGGUCGACCAGUCUGCUACGGCCGCUGAUCCUGCCAACGUCAAGUUCUACUGGCGUCGUGAUGGAGGCGACGACAAGGCUGCCGCGGCUGCCGACCCUGCCAACGUCAAGUUUUACUGGCGCCGUGAUGGAGGUGACGAGGUCGACCAGUCUGCUACGGCCGCUGACCUUGCCAACGUCAAGUUCUACUGGCGCCGUGGUGACGACACCGAGGAGGCUGGUGGUGCGGACCCUGCCAACGUCAAGUUCUACUGGCGUCGUGAUGGAGGUGACGAGGUCGAAGUGUCUCCUAUGUCCGCUGACCCUGCCAACGUCAAAUUCUACUGGCGUCGUGAUGCAGAAGGCGACAACAAGGCUGCCACGGCUGACCCUACCAACGUCAAGUUCUACUGGCGUCGUGAUGCAGGAGGCGACGCCAAGGCUGCCACGGCUGACCCUGCCAAUGUCAAGUUCUACUGGCGUCGUGAUGGCGACAACAAGGCUGCCACGGCUGACCCCGCCAACGUCAAGUUCUACUGGCGUCGUCGUGACCAGCUUACCGCCGCUUAG